AUGGGGCUCCCUGGCCUUGCUGUCCAUGCAGCGCCCCGUGGGGAGGGCAGAGGGCUGACCUUCAGCCGGGAGAGCCGUGAGCCGUCGAGCAGGAAGAGACGCCAAGGCAGGGGGCUGGCCCUGGAUCGUGAGCAUCCAGGAUACCCGGAGAAGAGGCACAGGCCAUGUGUGUGGGUCCUGACAGCAGCCCGCUGCUUCACCGAGGCCAGCAACGUCACCAAGAGGAACGAUGUUGCGCUGCUGCAGUUGGACCAGCCCGUGCAGUGCGGCUACUACAUCCAGCUGGCCUGCAUGCCCCUUGGCUGGCUGCGAGUGUCAGAGCUGACAACAUGCUACAUCGGUGGCUGGAGGUCCAUGACGGCGAGAGGCGCAGAACCAACAGAUGUCCUGCAGGAGGCCAAUGUCCACCUCAUCGACCUCAACUCCUGCAACAGCAGCCGGUGGUACGCAGGGGCCGUCCACCCCCACAACCUAGGGACCUGCGGACUCCGGCCCACGGCUGCUGCUGAUGACACCUCGCACGUGGUGGGGGGCAGAGACGCCCAGGCAGGGGGCUGGCCCUGGAUCGUGAGCAUCCAGGAUACCCGGAGAAGAGGCACGGGCCAUGUGUGUGAAGGGUCCCUCAUCAGCCCACAGUGGGUCCUGACAGCAGCCCACUGCUUCACUGAGGCCAGGCACAUCACCAGGUGGCGCGUGGUGGUGGGGGCCACCAGUUUGCCUCAGCCCGGCCCGGAGUCCCAGGUGCGCUCUGUUAAGCAGUUGCUGGUUCACGAAGAGUAUAACAAGAUCUCGCAGAGCAACGACAUUGCUCUGCUGCAGUUGGACGAGCCUGUGCGGUGCAGCGACUCCAUCCAGCUCGCCUGCGUGCCUGACGCCUCGCUGAAAGUGUCCGAGCUGACAACAUGCUACAUCAGUGGCUGGGGGACCACGAUGGCGAGGGGCGCAGAACCAGCGGAUGUCCUGCAGGAGGCCAAGGUCCUCCUCAUCGACCUCAAACUGUGUAACAGCAGGCAGUGGUACGCAGGGGCCGUCCACCCCCACAACCUGUGCGCUGGCUACCCGCAGGGCGGCAUCGACACCUGCCAGGGUGACAGCGGUGGUUCUCUCAUCUACAAGGACAAGAGUGCUGACUAAUUCUGGCUUGUUGGGGUGACCAGCUGGGGGAGAGGCUUCAUGAGAGCGAAAUGGCCCGGCAUCCACACCUCCACUCAGCACUACUACAACUGGAUCCUAGAACAGAUGGGAGUGUACUCAACACCAAGGGCUGCUCCAGCCAGCAUCAUGGGCAUGGAGCCCAGCCCCACACCAGCACAGUCGGGCUGGUUUAGCUCCUGCCCCUUUCCCCUCCAGAAGCUGCUGCAAUUCUUUAACUGGCUGUAGGAGCUCCUGCAGAUCCUAAAGGGAUAA